AUGGAAUCCGAUGUAAUUGAUGAUGAUAAAUCUAUAAAUGGGAAUGAUGAAAACGACUCUGAUAUCAUACGCGAGUGUGAACAGGAGUUAAAUGAAAUCUUAAUGGAAGGAAAAAGUUAUGAUGUUUCGGAAUUAGAAAAUUCCCAUAUGGAUUGUGGCUCAGAAAAAAGAUUGGAGAAGCGAAAGGAACGUGAAGAAGAUGAUGCUUUUAGUGAAGAUGGUUUUGUGACGAUUGUUAGAAGAAAGGCGAAGCGAUAUUUAAGAAGUGAUUCCAUAGAACAAUCGCAGACGACACACGGGACAAUAUCGGAGGAAAUUGGGAAUAUAUAUGAAGUAUGUAUCACAUCUUCGAAAGAAUUGCCUAAACAAAUGGCUAUGGCUAAACUUCUUCGUAAUGAAAACAUAUAUAACAUAACUAGAAUCAAGUACAAAUCGCCCUUUAAAGUCCUGAUACGAUUUGAUAGUGAUAGUGACGCUGACAAACUGAUAAAUUGCCAAAAAUUUCGAGAACUGGAAUACAAAUGUCAAAAAACCUUCGAUUCUUCAAUGUGCUACGGUCUAAUUAGGGGUGUAGAUCUGGAGUUUAGUGAAAAAGAUAUUUUAGAUGUUCUAAAAAGUGAAGUUAACAUUUUGGCAAUAAGAAGACUCAAAAGACUUGAUCUAGAGGGCAAAUGGGUCGAUAGCGAAACUAUGCGAAUAUGUUUUCAAGGUACUGAACUGCCUCAGUAUGUUACUGCUUACGAAUGUUAUUUUAAUGUAGAUAGGUACGUUUUUCCUGUCACGCAAUGUUCAGGAUGCUGGGAAUUCGGACAUAAUAUAAAAUUCUGCCCGAAAAAGAAAAUGUUAUGUCCAAAAUGUGGGAGUAAAGAUCAUAUUAAUUGCGAGAUAAAAACAUUCAGGUGUCUUAAUUGUAAAGGACUACAUUUCGUUUUGGAUAAAACCUGCCCGAUGUACCGUAAAGAAAAAGAAGUACGUGAAUUAAUGAGCAGGGAGAACAUUCCUUAUAGACAAGCACUUCAGAUGGUGAAUGAUGUAAAAAAGCAAGUAAUUAAGAAAAUAAAUUUGACUGAAAAUAAGAAAAUCUAUAACAGUCAAGAUAUAGAAAGAAGAGAUACCCAAGCAUGUAAUGAUGCUAAAGGACGCUCUUACAGCCAAGUAUUAACAACUAAUCAGACCGGAAAGAUAGACACGACUCCUACGGAGGAGUGGCAAUAA